UAUGGACACUUGAUCAUACAUGUUUGAGAUAAUUCGUAUUAUCUUAUAUUAUAUAGAAUUGAUAUCCAGUAGAUUCGUGUUAUUCUAACCAGUUAUACAUACAGUGUCACAAUGCAAAAGUUAUUUUGGAUUUAUUUGGUUUUUGUCUUGGCCAGCUGUGCCGCAUUACCAACUCAAGAAAUUACAAAAGAUACAUCAGCAAGGAUAGUAAAUGGUAACGCUAUAGAUAUAAGCGAAAUCCCAUACCAAGCUGCACUUCGAAGGAAAGUGUCUUCAGGUUGGGCUCAUGCUUGUGGUGCGGCCAUUAUCAGCCAUUUGGCUGUUUUGACCGCCGCACAUUGCGUGGUUUCAUAUGUAUCAGACCCAUCAUCGCUAAGAAUUAUUGUGGGGACGUCGUAUAGACUUUCUGGAGGCCAGUCCUAUGCCGUAUCUAUAGUGAUUCCGCAUGAGUCGUACUCUCCUUCCACUUUAGAACAUGACAUCGCCUUGUUGGGUGUCCGCAAACCGAUAACUUUCAAUUUAAAUGUCAACGCAGUGGCUAUUGCUUCAUCAACUCAUAUAGUGCCAGUUGGUACUGAGGCUUUGGUGUCCGGUUAUGGAAUUACUGCGUACGAAGGACCAGCAUCAUCAGUUCUUAUGGCUGCAAGAGUAAACAUUGUUGCUCAAGACACAUGCGCCCGCGCAUACCUCCGCAUAUCUUCUAUCACAUCAGGCAUGCUUUGUGCUAACUCCGUUCUCCCUCCAAGAGACGCUUGCCAAGGUGAUUCUGGAGGACCUCUGGUUGCUAACAAUGUUUUGAUUGGCUUAGUAUCCUGGGGAGAAGGAUGCGCCGAUACAACUUAUCCAGGAGUGUAUACUAGAGUUUCGGAGUAUAACUCUUGGAUUGUAAGGAACACUAUUUUACUAUAAAAGUUCUUAAGAUAAUAUUGUCUAAUUCGAUCUCAGUAUAGAGCACAUCGUUUUCAAACAGCCAUUUGACUAAUAAAUAUCAUACUAAGAUUUGUGGUAAAGAUACCAAAAUGUCAUACCAUUUAAUAUUUUAAUGCGACGUAUGAUGUUUAUUCCAUUUUUUUGUGAUGUUGUCUCGUUUUGAGGAAUUGUAGUUAAUUUUUAUAAUAAACGGAUUAAACAUAAUA